UAAGGAGACCUGACCAGCACAGCCAUCCACUUUCUUCCUAACCACCUGACACCAAGGAGUUUUAAGGACCAUGAGGACUCUCGUUAGCGUUCUUCUCAUCGCUGUCGUCGUCAACGCGCAGCAAAAGGCAGCAGCCGUCAGCGACGAGAAAACCAAGCGCGGAGUUUUGGACCUCCCUACAGGCCUAGGACUCAACUCCCUCGGCCUCGGCUCUGGCCUCGAAGGCCUGGGACUUGCAGCCCACGGCGGACUCGGCGGGUUCGGAGGAAUUGGAGUUGGAUCUGUAAACGGACUCGGCCUGCACGGCGCCUCCCUCCCGACCGUCAUCACCAGAACGCAGGCUGUGCCCGUGCCCGUGGCUGUUCCUGUUAUCAAGCCCGUCGCCGUCCCCGUCAUCCGCCACGUCCCUGUUCCCGUCAUCAAACACGUCCCAGUUCCUGUGGCCGUCCACUCCCUGGGCCUGGGUGCUGCCCAUUAUCUGGGCUACGGUAGUUUCGGAGCAGCAAACCUUGGCUACGGUCUUGGAGGGUACGGCGCCCUCGGAGCUGCCAAACUUAACGUUGGCUCUUUUGCUCUUGCCAAUGGAAAACUGUAAUUCUUGAAAAAUGUUAAAUAUGUACGUGUCAGUUCUAAGCUUAAUAUUUUUGAAUUUUUCUAUGCACGAAAUAAAAUAUUUUUUAAAAAACUCA